CAUUAUGGUUCAUCACAGUCGGGUGUAUCUUCGAGGAAAAUAUAUGUGAAAUGUGUUACAUCUGAAUAAUUUUUUAAUAGAAACGGUAAACGCACAGACGACUCUUGGCGCGUCCGUACCGCAGCAGGAAAAUAAUUUAAUGAAAUAUCGGGUGCGGUCAGGAAAACGCUAUUAACGCUACCAGUGCAAACACUACCGAAAUCGCGGUUUCACAGAGCGCAGUAGCUCUGUGAACGACAUUAGUGUAGCAUUAGCAUUAUUGCACAACAAACUUUUGGGGAGUGUUUGAAAUUAGAAAAAAAUAAAAUAGUUUUGUACGUUCAUUUCAUUAUAUUUAAUUCGAUCAUACGUUGCUUCCCGAAGGAAUUUUUCUCACAGAGACGGAACAUCGAAAUGCCGGAAAACAGAAUGCAAAUGUCCGAAAUGUCUUUUCAGAAUAUCGACAACCCGGAGUUCAUUUCGACGCCACAGGAAACAAUGGACAAGGUCAAUAAAACUUCUGGCCUCACUUAUGGCAUCGAUGACAUCCCGCCGUGGUAUUUGUGUCUCUUCAUGGCAUUGCAGCAUUACUUGACCAUGAUCGGCGCUAUCGUUUCGAUCCCUUUUAUAUUAACGCCAGCCCUUUGCAUGGCUGAGGACGAUCCCUCAAGGAGUUACAUCAUUUCCACAAUGAUUUUCGUCACCGGCCUGGUGACGCUCAUCCAAUCCACCGUAGGAUGUAGGUUGCCGUUGGUACAGGGAGGCACCAUAUCGUUCUUGGUGCCGACUUUAGCGAUAUUGAACCUGCCGCAAUGGCAAUGUCCCGCGCCAGAAAUCCUGAGUCAAAUGUCCCAUGAAAACCGUACGGAGCUUUGGCAGGUGCGAAUGAGAGAGCUGUCCGGUGCAAUUGCAGUCUCCGCCGUAUUCCAAAUAGUUCUUGGCUUCGGAGGUAUCAUUGGGUAUUUGCUGAAGUUUAUUACUCCGUUAACGAUCGUGCCGACAGUCUCGUUGGUCGGAUUGUCCUUAUUCGAGAACGCGGCGGAUGCAGCGUCACAGCACUGGGGUAUCGCAGCCGGAACAAUAAUAAUGCUGACGAUGUAUUCACAAAUAAUGGUCAACGUGUUAGUCCCAUUCGUGACAUAUCGCAAGAGUCACGGUUUCCAAGUCGUUUGGUUUGAAUUAUUCAAACUGUUCCCGGUUUUGCUGACAAUUAUCGUUAUGUGGAUAAUCUGUACUAUAUUAACGAUAACAGACGCACUUCCGGUCGGUCAUCCCGCCAGAUCCGACAGCAAAUUGAAAAUUAUUAGCGAUUCGCCUUGGUUUCGCAUACCGUACCCUGGACAAUGGGGUUUACCCACUGUUACGUUAUCGGGAGUACUCGGUAUGUUGGCGGGUGUAUUAGCGUGCACGGUCGAAUCUAUCAGUUAUUAUCCCACCACCGCGAGGAUGUGCGGAGCACCGCCGCCGCCGGUUCACGCGAUCAAUCGAGGUAUCGGCAUAGAAGGCCUCGGCACGAUGUUGGCCGGUCUUUGGGGCAGCGGUAACGGCACAAACACAUUCGGGGAGAACGUCGGUACGAUAGGGGUCACGAAAGUCGGUAGCCGCAGGGUCAUACAGUGGGCCUGCUUCUUGAUGAUUCUGCAAGGAGUAAUUAGCAAGUUUGGAGCAGUGUUUAUCAUAAUCCCUGAGCCGAUAAUUGGCGGCAUAUUUUGCGUAAUGUUUGGAAUGAUUUGCGCCUUCGGAUUGUCAGCGUUACAAUAUAUAGAUCUUAAUUCGGCAAGAAACUUGUAUAUUCUGGGCUUCUCAAUGUUCUUCCCCAUGGUGCUGUCCAAGUGGAUGAUCAAGCAUCCGGACGUAAUUCAAACGGGAAACGAAGUGGCGGACAGUGUUAUCACCGUGUUACUCAGCACCACCAUUUUGGUUGGCGGUGUAUUAGGUUGUUUCUUGGAUAAUAUCGUGCCAGGUACUGCGGAAGAACGUGGGUUGGUGGCUUGGUCCAAAGAAAUGGAACUGAUCGAUCGCACGAGCGACGAGAAAAUCGACAGUGGUACGGAUUACGUUUGGAAUACUUUUGAUUUCCCGUGCGGGAUGAAUUUGCUGAGAAGAUGGAAGUGGAUAUCUCACGUACCAUUUCUACCUACGUAUAAAAAGAAAGCGUAAAGAGGUCAUAAGUAUUUUCAUCUUCCCAAACGAUAAGAAAGAAAUGUAUGACAUUGCAUUGUAAACUGAUGUUAUUAUUAAACCUGUAGAGUUUGUG